CGGCCCGGCCCAGCCCAGCUCGGCCCCGCGGGGCCCCGAUGAUGCUGGGCGCGCGGGCGGCGGAGGAGCAGCAGCAGCACCCGAACGUGCGGCGGCCGCUGCCGCCCCAGUGACGGCCCCGCCAUGUCGGUGAUGGUGGCGAGGAAGAAGGUGGUUCGGAAAUGGGAGAAGCUGCCGGGCAGGAACACCUUCUGCUGCGACGGCCGGAUCAUGAUGGCCCGGCAGAAGGGCAUCUUCUACCUGACACUCUUCCUCAUCCUCGGCACCUGCGCCCUCUUCUUCGCCUUCGAGUGCCGCUACCUGGCGGUGCAGCUGUCCCCGGCCAUCCCUGUGUUUGCAGCAGUGCUCUUCCUGUUCGCCAUGGCCACGCUGCUGCGGACGAGCUUCAGCGACCCUGGCGUGAUCCCCAGGGCCCUGCCCGAUGAGGCAGCCUUCAUUGAGAUGGAGAUUGAGGCCACCAACGGGACCGUGCCGCAGGGUCAGCGCCCGCCCCCGCGCAUCAAGAACUUCCAGAUCAACAAUCAGAUUGUGAAGCUCAAGUACUGCUACACGUGUAAGAUCUUCCGGCCGCCCCGCGCCUCGCACUGCAGCAUCUGCGACAACUGCGUGGAGCGCUUUGACCAUCACUGUCCCUGGGUGGGCAACUGCGUGGGAAAGAGGAACUACCGCUACUUCUACCUCUUCAUCCUCUCGCUCUCCCUCCUCACCAUCUACAUCUUCACCUUCAACAUCGUCUACGUAGCACUGAAAUCUCUGAAGAUUGGGUUUCUGAACACGUUGAAGGAAACCCCAGGGACUGUACUGGAGGUGCUCAUCUGUUUCUUCACGCUGUGGUCGGUGGUGGGGUUAACUGGGUUCCACACCUUCCUGGUGGCACUGAAUCAGACAACCAACGAAGACAUUAAGGGGUCCUGGACUGGGAAGAACCGUGUGCAGAAUCCGUACAGCCACGGCAACAUAGUGAAGAACUGCUGCGAGGUGCUGUGCGGGCCCCUGCCCCCCAGUGUCCUGGACAGACGGGGCAUCCUGCAGCAGGAGGAGAGCACAGCUCAGGAGGGGUCGUGCCCGCGGGCACCCGGCACGCAGGAGCCCCCGGCCACUCAGGGCCCUGGGCAGGCCCAGGAAGGUGGCACGAAGCAGCAGGAUGGCAGCAUUCUUCCCCCCAGUGCUGUCCCUGCCCCGUCUGUGAGUGACACCGAGAUGCCAGAGGAGAAGCAGCGAACGCCUGGGGAGCUCCCGGUGCCCCCCCUGGACGCUGGGCGAGCGCAGCACUAGCAUCUGCUUGGAAGGGAGAACUUUGUUGUUUUGUCUAAUCAAAGCUGGAAGUGGUGGAGGAGAGGAGAAGGGCUGGAUGGCAGGCACCUGAUUCCCCAUGGCCAUUUUGCUUUAGUCAUCACUCGCCGCGGUGCGGGCAGCGCUGGCCUUGGCGGUGGCACCCCCGGUCACCGUGGGGCACAGCCAGCACCAGCUCUGCCUGGGGCCGGGCCUCUGGCUCUGGGGCUGGCCUGGAUGCUCCAUCCCAGCUCAGGGCUGGGGCUGCCCCUCCGCCCGGGCCCUGCUCUGUCAGGGUGAGGCUGUCAGGGCCAGCCUGCGCCCUCCUGCUGAGGAAUCCCCACGGAAGGGGAAUCGUGGCAGCAAUGUCCUCUCUCCCCUCCUCCCUCCUUCCUGUAAUCCGUGGCGUUGUUUUGUGGUUGGCGUGGCAAGGCUUGUCAGGUGACGUUUUGGUGCCCCGAGGUCCCAAACAAGUGGGAAGGAGUUCUGCUGGCAGUGGUUUGUAGGUAGCUGUCUUCCUGUGCUCCUCUCUGUGUGAUGUAACAAGGCAGCAGCUAUGAGGGGACCCUCCUUCCAUCCUGCCCUGGUGCUCACACCACCCUGGGCUUCGAGGGAGGGAGAAGGCAGCCGAGGUGGGCAGCUGCAGGGAAGGGUUUGCCUGUGUGCCUGUGCCACUGGCUCCUGGCUGGUGCUGGGGCUGCGUUUGUUCCUGGGUGUCUGCACUGAGCCCUCCCCAGCUCUGCAGCACCUCAGCCCCAAUCUGUGUUGUGUCAUUGCAUCCCCAUGUCCCCCCCUUGCCUUGCUCUGCUGUUCUCAGCCAUCCUAGACUGGCUUUGGGAGCCUUGGAUCUUCCCAGGAUUGAACCAGCUGCCCAGGGCUGGGCUUGUGUGUCCUCAACAGAGGACGAGAGGCUGGGGGGAUGGUGGGAGAGCUCUGUGCCGUGGCAGGGCUCCCCCACUCCACAGUCCCUGUCCUGCACUGGCAGGACCCUCACACCUCUGGGAUCCCUGCAGCCCCUGUGCAGCUCCGUGUCCCUU